CCUCCUCCGGCACGGCCUCCCGCGGGGCGGUGGGCCCCGAGCGCAGAGCGGCGGCGGCGGGGCGAGCUCCGAGCCCGCUCCGCCGGGCCAUGGCGAGCAGCGGCUCCGCGCCCGGGGGCUCGGGCUCGGGCUCCGGCUCGGGCUCGGGCACGGCGCUGCCCACCCGCUUCCAGGAGACCGAGAAGCUGCUGGCGGCGACCGACGGCCGGGAGGAGAAGGGCCUCCGCGGCUCCAAAUCCUUCACCGCCGCUUUGCCCGGCGAGGCGGAGCGCAACGGGCACGGGCUCGCCUACAAGUCGGUGUCGGUCGGGCACCUGGAGGCGGCCCCGCUCUCGCCGUCCCGGCUCAGCCUGGGCAGAGCCUCCUCCACGGCCACCAGCACGGCGGCAGCGGAGCAGGGCCGCCCGCGGGACUACCUGGUUCUCGCCAUCUUCUCCUGCUUCUGCCCCGUCUGGCCCAUCAACGUCGUGGCCCUCGUCUUCUCCAUCAUGUCAAGGAACAGCGGGCAGCAAGGGGACAUGGACGGAGCCCGGCGACUCGGCCGCAUGGCCAGGCUGCUCAGCAUCGUCUCCAUUAUCCUGGGGACCAUCAUCAUCGUGCUCUACAUUUCACUCAGCAUCAGAGUUUCCUAGAAGAUGUUUUAGCAUGCAAAUACCUCGAAGAGGAGGAAGACAACUUUCCUUUUGGGGUUUUUACUUUCAGCCUUGCAACAAAAAAUUGUCACAGUGUAGGUGGGCAGCCCUAGACAGCCUGCUCUGGAGCACCGUCUGAAGGAACGCAUGCUUCUACUUCACCGCCUCUUGGAAAUGAGUUUGUACAAGUGAUGGGAUAAAAAACACCGCAAGAAGGCAUGGGAAUGAGCAUCGGACGCCAAGCGGAGAGGAGAAGGGGGAAAUCCACUACCUCAUUCCCCUCCAGCAAAACUCACGGAGUGGGGAGACAACUAAAGUACAAGAGGAGGAGAGAGUUUCAAGAACGAAGCUUAUUUUAAAAGAAAAUUUAAAGCGAGAACAGGACAUUUUGAGGAAUCCUCCUAAGAGUUUUGGCACAAGUCACUGAAUUUUUGGGGGGUUGUUGGUUUUUAAAUCGUCAAAUUCUCUGUCUCUACAAAAAAAAAAAAACAAAAAAAACAAACAAAACAAAAAAAAAAAACCAAAACAAACAACAAAGCUCAAACUGCCAUCGGGAGCUGAAAGCUGUUCCAUGGAGGAGGAGGGAGAGCAGAGCUGCAGCAGGACCACGGCUCUGCUCCGAACGAAACGCAGCCACAAAAGCUGGAGGAUGUGGUGGGUGCUUUUGUAUUUUUGAUGAAAAAAAAAAAAAAAAAAAAAGAGACAAUGACCAUUUGCAUGCCUUUGGGAAUGUUCUCUAUGUCUGUUCCUACAAGCUCUUUUAUCACUUAGGGCAGAUCUCAGAGCUGACAGAGCAGGAUGUUGCUGCAUGAGAAUGCCAGGCUCCUCCUCACCCCGAUCCCAUGGUGGGGUUUUUAAUGGAAGGAAAAAUAAUGCUUUCUUUGUGAACCCACACAUUUCUCUCUCUGUGCACCCAAAGUGAGGUUAAUACUCACGGCGCUGAGAAAAGAGCCUGGUUAAUCUGUAGCAGUGUACCAAGAGCCCAUUUUACCCACUUACACAUUUAUGUCAUGUCAUGUCCAUCACACAAAAGCAUCAGUGUGAUCCAGACCCCGCCACUAUCAGUGUUUAUCUCCCCAACUCUUUUGGGCCUCAGCUUAGGGCCUUCCAGGAGAUUUUCAGAGCUGUGGAGGAGUUUAGGAUUCCUGCUCCUGUCCCUGCACCCCUCACACGCUCUUCUGCAUCUCUGAAAAUCUCCAGCAUCCCCAGAGUUGGCUGGGGUCAGUUCCACAAGUAGUAUUAUUUUUUAACGUUUUAUAUUUAACAUAACAAGAAAAUACACUUUGCUUCUCCCAACCUGCCUGUACGUACCCCGUGCCCCGCCACGUCUUCCACCUUGCGCGGCUCCUCGGCUUUUUCCCGCAGGAUUCGAUUCUGCCACGCUCCCUCCAGCCUCCGUCCAGCCCCAGACCCUCUUCCUCCCCCUCUCCCUGUCCUUGCUGGUUGUUACUGGGGUUGGUCCUCUAUCCAGCCACCCAGACUAUGCAAAGUUUCAUUGCCUGUUAUUUUAUUCAGGCUUUGUAGAUGGCUUCUGGCCAUAUCCAUUGGCUCCGUAUUAGCUGAGCCUCUCUCUUUUAUCAAAACUUUGCGGGCACAAGUUCCUGGCCAAGAGCUGCACUCCCCAGCCUUUCUGUUGUCUCCAGUUGACAGCCUGGGACCUAGAAAUAUGGACUGCACUAACAAAUAAGGUGUUUCAGGGCACUUCUGCUCUCUAGCACCCACAUUCUGAAAAACAAACAAACAAACAAACCCCAAACUUUAGACCAAAUCUAAUGCUUCUGAGGACUUGUCUACAUGGAGAAUCUACUGCAUACCAUAAGACACUUCACCACAUGGCGACUGCUUGGCACUAACUUCUCUGGAGUGUCUGAGUGGGCACACGUGGGCUUAGCACAGGGUAGUGGUCCACUGUAAACCCACCCUGUGGUUCCUCUGCAGUAGCUAAUGUGCAAAGCCAUGGGCAUCGCUGUGAAAAUUCUCAUCAUCUGUUUGAUUGCUCCUCUUUAAAUUGUUUUCUUCUGCUAGACAUUACUUGAAUCCAGGGCCUAAGAAACCCAAAUCCCUUAGACACACUAACAUUUUUCUCUACAUUAAAAAGGGAUUCCAGGGACUCACAGCAAUAGCACACCACUACAGCACUUUCUUGGGCUCCAUUCCCAUCCACCCCUUUGCCAGUGCUUUAUUACAAACCAUUGGCUUCUAAAAUGGACCAAAUUUGCAACCUUUCUUUUGCGAUUCAUUUUGUGUGAGCUUCAGCAAGCAGGGGCUGCUGAGUGCUGCUGGGUGUGAGCUCCCACCCGCAGCUGCUGCCAGCGUGCCCCUUGGCACCAGAUCUCUUCUUCCUGAGCUACUCAGAAACCCUCCCUUGGAGAUUCAAACUCUCAUCUUAUGGUUGAUGACAUCCCACCAAAUCCCCCAAACAUUUCCUUCUUUAACGCUUGAACCCGAAAGCUGCUUGCUGGGAAGCAUGCACUAUAUUUUCCUGAGAUGCAUAAGGGCAGUGCUGCCUGUGUGUGCAUCUUCUGCCCUUUGCUCUUUGAGCUGCUGAAAUUCAGCUUAUGGUAAGAGCUGAGCAAGCUCCUCCUUGGGCAGGAAGAGUCAACAUUCAGGGAAAACCGCUGCAAUGAGUUAUAGUACUUGAGAGCGCCAAGUAUUUAUUAAGUAAGAAUUUAAAUGCUCUUUUAUCAUUACAUAAAGCCUUUCAUCUAAAGUGCUUUACCACAUUUAAAGGAUUAAACCUUGCCACCCCCCAUGAGGUGGGUCAGCAUUACGCUGCUCUAAUUGCACCGAUGGCAAAGUUGCUCAGUCACAUGCACUGUGCAGCUCCAAAAAGAAACCAGUUUUUCUUUCUCUUCCUUAGUAGGACCAUGUAUGAACACAGAUUUCCUUUAAAUCUGAUUUUCCCAAAGGGAUCUAGGCAAACAUACGCUACACUGCAAAACGGACUGGGAUACUUAAAGUCGUAGGAACAAGGGGGGUUUUUGCAAGGCAGCUGCAAUAGUCCUUGCCAGGAGAAGUCCCAGGCUGGUGAAGCACAGAGCAGUGGAGGUACCCAGAUUCAUCUGAAUGCAGGAGAAGGCAGAAGUUUUCCCCCAAAACCCCACAGUGAUGAUUCGUUGCAUGCAACCCAAACAUGGUUUGUGCCUCCUGUCUUAGCCUGUAUCAUCAGGCUGCUGAGGCAACUGCUUCUUGUCUCACUAUUAAGUAUAAUAAAAAAGAAACACUAAGACACUUAAAUUACUUUAAUUUUAAAAUCUUUCUGAUUAGAUAGAAUUGUAUUGCACUCUUGAAUACAGCUUUUUUUUCCUUAUCUUGCAUUCAAAUUCAGGGGAAAGCCUCUACAGUCACUCCUGACAAAAUAUUUUCUCUCCUUGCAUUCUGGCUCUGCAGUACUAGAAAAAUAAACUCCCCAGGGCUAUCUGGAAAGUCUCUUCUUUGUGCUCUCCCCCAACUUCCCUGUACAUUUUGCAGCCUGAUAUUUUGCAAAGGUUUUGCCACCAGAUCCUUGCUCUCCAUGUCACACACAGAUUUAUCGCAGCUCAGCUGCCUAUUUGGCUCUGUUGCGUAUGUUAGCUUGUAUUUGCAAAGAAAGAAGUUGCUGAUCCUCCAGCCCUUGACACACACCUCACCUGCGACUGUGUUUCGAGGAGGUAAACCAUGGCAAGGCUUCAUCCUGAGGCCACCAGCGGGCACAGCUCCUCCUUUGGUCUACAUCUGGGGAACCACAGCAUCCCUCAUGAUUCUUUGCUGAUGUAGUGUUCACCUAAGCUCAGACAUCCUUUUUGCCACAUCCAGGCACAAUCCCUCCUCUCCUUAACUUUGUCUCUAGUACACAGGCAGGCAAUCACAGAAACUAUGUCAUGAAAAGUCUUUUCCUCUCCAUGCCCAUAAACAAGCCCUAUUACUUGUGUCACAGAUCUUUGCCACCUGCUGCAGCCUCUUCUAAGCACACACAUCAGACUCGAGCUUUCUGUGUUUGUAAUUAUAACAGUCAUGAAUUCCUCAGGAUUUGGCCAACCUCUACCCCCUAGCAAAGCAAGCAAUAGGGGAGAGGCAAGAAAUCCAAGCAAUGCAGUGGUAAUUCAUCCUUACCUGACAGCGAAGCGGAGCUGGUAGGAGGAUAGCUUGCUGAAGAGAUAGAGAAGGUGGGAAACGUCUCUAAAUGUAAGUUCAAGUAGGAGUUACGAUCGACAAGUGUGAGGUCCUGGUGGUAUAUAAAUACGUGUUUUGCUCUGCUCAGGAAGAGUCUCUGAGCAGAGCACACGGCUGACGGCACCUCUCUGGCAUUGGUGUCCCUGGGCUCCUCUCCCCAGGGUUUGGGGGAGAGCCGGGCUCUGCAGGGUGGCACAGAAGGGCCCUUGCCGGGUACAACACUGGUAGACCAAAGGCUUAAGCUGAACAAGCAAUUUGCUGCUGUCGAGCAGACAAGCUAGCUUGGUUUCACACCAGCUUCUCAUAGGAUGCAACAACCAAGGGUCAGAAAAUGUCUGGCACGAGUCAGCUGGUCACAGCAACACGCUGGCUGGUGCUCGCCCGAGUGCCUGCAGAGGAGACCAAAGGGAUUUGAGCACAAAGGGAGGAAAGAAAGCAACAAAAGAUUUGAUUUCAUAGUUUUCUGUGUUAACAAUGGGUUUGGUUUUUCUGGUCGGUAUUUCACUCUGUUCUGGUUUAACCCUCUCCGCCCAUCUCUGCGAGUUUAAUGUGCUUUCCCCUCAGCAUUUCUGCUCCUAGAGCAAUGCACGAGUCACACAGGCUCUUCCCUCCCAUCCUCCAUCUUUCCUUUAACCCAGGACAGGUCCUGUUGGCACUGAGAUGCCAUCACUGGCCUUCACUGAAAGGGGUUAUCGAGGGGUAGGGAGCCUGCUUCCCUAAGGCUCUGACCCAGACUGUCUGCAGACUCGAGCAUGUACCACUGCAGUAGUUGACCUUCCAAUUACAGGCUUCUCCAUGUAGACAAGGGGACCGGAUCCGGCCUUUUAUAUAGAAUUAAAACUCCAUUUCCAUUCAGUUUGAGUCCAGGGAGAGGCUGCAGAAACGCACCCACUGGGCUGGUCCCAUGACUUUAUUCAUUUCUCUUUCUAUGAUGCCCCCAACCUUGCCCUAUCACUUUGGUAAUUAUCACAGAACCACAGCCAAGGAUGCACAGUUAAACUGAAAUAAUUUCAGAUUUAAGGUUGGUUUUCUUUCAGCGUACAUCCUUUACUUUUGGCAAAGACAGGUUUGAACUGAAAACUCCUGUGCUUGGGCACAAGCCAAGGGGGUGGAGGGGGAAAGCAGCCUUUUCAAAGUGGGAAUAUUUGUAAAGCAUUUGCUAACACCAGUAGGUAGCGAAAUUCAAAACUAUAAAUACCCAUCCAGGAUAAGAAACAUCAGAAAGGGAACACGUGCAGGAUUCACCGAGGCAACCCUGAUACCACUUUGGAGCAGGUGCCCUGGGCAGAUGGUGCCCAGGACACCAUCCUUUGUGUGGAAGCGCAGGGCCUAUCCCCCCGCUGCCACAACCACCGGCCAGGCACCAGCUCCUCCUGGUUUGAAGCCAAACUGGAAGAGUCGUGUUUCACACACAGCAUGAACACAUCAGGAAUUGCAGCUGGGCACUUCUCUUUGCUGAUCAAUGUUUCUUUUUUCUGCAGGAUGAUAUGGUAUAUCUUAUAUACUUUCUUUGUAUUUCUUGGCAUGAGAAAAAAUUAAAAUGUAACAUGCAUGGUCAAA